AUGUCACGCACCUCAUCCAGUGCCGCCACCGCCGCGGCCCCGCUCUUUCGGGAGUACCGCGUGCACCACGUCACCACCGAUAGCAUCCUUGUGCAGCUGCCCGAGACUAAGGGCUUCGGCCGUCUCACCACCGCGACACUUGGCGAUGAUCUCCUGGCCAAGCGUCUCCUCACGAGCCUCUCAGCCCGCGAGCAGGUUAUUGCCAUGCCGAUGCGCUCGCGCGACGCGCAGGGGUACCGGCUGCUGACAGUAGAUUUGAAGGAGGGCUUUAGCGCGAUACUCACCUACCCCGAGCCUGUGCGCUGCCUCGUGCAGAGGCUCCUGCGCAAGCACAUGUUGGUAGGGCUCGGCACUACUGCCGCGGCUCGCCUCGUGCGCGGCUCUGCAAAGGGCUCAGUGCUAACCAUUCAGCCUCGCAUGACAGCUGUGGCGGCAUUGGAGGACCUCACCAAGGAGGCCUCCUCCGCCUCCCUCAAGUCGUUUAGCGGGGCUUCCGCGCGUGCCCAGCAGAGGCAGAAAAGCCGUGGUGGAAGCGGUGUCAGCAGCGACGACGAUGAGCACCACGUAGAUGACGUGCGAGAGGACGGCUCACUAGACGCGAGCACAGAGAGAAGCAAGGCCGCGGCCGACGGAAACACCAUCGAGGUACGCAUUCUCAGCUACGACGUGAACGCUGACGUCGUCAAUGUGACAGCGAAGGCGAAGGUGGUGGAGGGCACGCCGGUCGACACGACCGUGUCUGCGGCAGCGCUGGCCACGCUGCACCCUGGCGACAUCGUCUCUUGCACGGUCCUCCUCUCGUCGACCGAUGACGGGUGCGCUGUUGUUCAGAUACCUGUGCAGAGCGUCACCGUAGACCAACACGACAGCAGCAGGGGCUGCGUGACAGUUCUCGGCUACUAUGUGUACGACUGGGACGGCAAGGGGGUGCCUGAGGCGCCGGUGGUCGGCUACACGGUGGAUCUUUUGAUCGAGUUCUGCCCUGAAAUCGCCGCUCUGCGUGACGCGGCGCCGUUCGUGAUCCUGUCCAAUCGCCUUCGUCAGUUCCACCGCCUUCCGGCGGUGCGUCACUUCGCCGGGUCCACGAUCGAGGCGUCUUCCUCUGCGUCGACUUCUGCUCCGUCAGCGGCCAACUCUACAUCUCCUGUUGCGGUGCGCGGACUUCUGGGCUUCUUCCCGUGGCGAGCCGAGUACGCGGCAAAGGCGCGGCGCGCCGAGGAAAGCGAGGACGAUGAGGACGCGGCUGAAGGUCACAGCGGGUACGGCUCAGCUCAGGAUCGGCAGCAGCGGACGCGCCGCCGCAAACUGGAGGAGGCAAUCGACGCCUACGAGCGCGGCAUGGAGACGGCGGUGCCGACGAGCCCGGAGGAAUUCCAGCGCCUGCUGCUCGCAAACCCGAACAGCAGCUACAUAUGGACGCAAUACAUGGCCUACCACGUUGGCCUGCAGCAGUACGAGGCGGCGCGUCAGGUGGCGGAGAAGGCGCUCAGCACUAUCGGUGUGCGAGAGCAGGAGGAGCUGCUGAACGUCUGGGUGGCGUACCUCAACAUCGAGAACUUGUACGGCACGGAGGAGUCGCUCUCGGCGGUGUUCCGGCGCGCACAGCAACGGCAGCUCAACCAGCUGACCCUCUUCGAGCGACUCGCAGAUAUCUACGCAGCGUCUCGCAAGCCUAAUCAGCUGCUUGCAUUGUGCCGCGCCAUGACAGGCAAGUUCCGCACUGAGCGCCGCACGUGGGAGCGUCUCGGCAUCGUCCUUGUCGAUCAGGGCAAGCGUGAUCAGCUGAAGCGAACCUUGAAGGACAUGGGCGAUGUGCUGAAGCGAGACGACGCCACGCUGGCUAUUGUGCACAUUGCCAUUCACGAGUACAAGCACGGCAGUCCCGAGAACGGCCGCGCGCUCUUCGAAGGCUUGCUGCGCAAGGUGCCGAAGCGGUCCGAUGUCUGGGCAACCUACACCGAUCAGGAGAUGGGGCUUCUGAACCGCAAAGACCCGACGGCGUCGACGCUUCAGGUACGGCAGAUCUUCCAGCGCACGGUCGCGAUGAACUUUUCGGCAAAGGUGAUGCAGCAGGUCCUCACGCGCUUCCUCUCAUUCGAGAAGCUGCACGGUACGCCGGCCGAUGUCGAGUCGGUGAAGAAGUGCGCGCGCACCUACGUGGACUCCAAGAUUCAGGCCUUGACCGACUCCGGUGUCCCCGACGCGGCGGCCGCGUGA